AUGAACGGCUGGGUGAGACAUAAAGAACCGACUAGCUUCAAAUGUUGUCUGUUACGUUCAUCACCUAAUGGGGCAUUGGUGGACGAUGUUCUGACGGAAGUCAGGUCUUAUACGUAUCACAUCUAUAUUCAAUGGAUAGUUGACCGGCAGAACGCUGAGUUCUCCUGUUCUGUGUCCAGUACGCAAAUUACUGCAAUCGGUGACGCUAAUUUCAGCUACGUGACUUUCGCUAAAGACUCAUGUCUGAAGGCUCCUGUCGUAGUCUUGCCAAUACUACACCCUCAGCCAGUGCCCAACUCCGUCUGUGUUUGUCUAAAAAUCACGUAUGGAGAUCUGAAGCCGGAAAAGGUGAUUGAGUGGUUCGAGUAUACGCGACACAUGGGCACCACUAAAGUGUUUACCUACUAUGCUGAAGUAACACCACGAGUGUUAAAAGUACUGCAGUACUAUCAGAGUAUCGGAUUUCUAGAAAUGUUGCCUAUGGAGGCAUCGGUAUCCGCAGAUGGCCAGAAAAGAACAUUAGCACAGCCAAGAUUUGAGCAACAAGCAUGGGUGGAUGAAGUCAUGGCUGCCAAUGACUGUAAGUACAGAAUGGCCAAGUAUGACUUCAUCAUCAUCAUGGAUAUGGACGAGAUCAUUGUGCCUAAAGGAAACAUGACUUCAUAUUUUGACAUAUUGCAG